AUGGCUUCAAGUAGCACUGGUCCUCGUCAAAUGGCUCGGAUUGAAAAGGAUACCAAAGAAAAUAAGAUCAAUCUGCUCACUAACCACUUUAAAGUCAACUUCACCAACACAAAAAGUCAAGAUUUCUUCCAAUACAAUGUCGAUAUCACAUAUGAAGAUAAGAAUCCAGUUGAAGGCAAAGAUAAGGAUCCAGUUGAAGGCAAAGAUAAGAAGACUCCAGUUGAAGGCAAGGGUAUUAGCAGAAAGAUUCUUGCAAAAGUUCAACAAACUAAGCAAACUGAGUUGGGUUCCAAAAUGACAAAUUCUUGUUUAGGAUCAAAAGUAAGUUGA